UAAAUACGUCAACAUUCGCAUUGAAGAAUACAUUCAACUAAAUAGUUGUCAUAUUUCGAAGGAAGCUUGCAUAAAUGGCUCAUAAUGUGCUCCUGCUUGCUCUGUCCUCUGCUUUGUUAGCUCUUCUGGUGUCAACAAACCUGGCUUCUGCUGCAAUCGUCCAGUAUUCGUUCGAAAUAAAAAACCUUACAGUGCAAAGACUCUGCCAUCAACAAGUUAUAGCAGCAGUGAAUGGAACGCUACCUGGCCCAACGAUAGAUGUUCGAGAGGGAGACACACUUGUUGUUCACGUCUUUAACAAAUCUCCCUAUAACUUCACCAUUCACUGGCAUGGAGUGUUUCACAUAUUGACUCCAUGGACCGAUGGAGCUAGUAUGAUUACUCAAUGUCCCAUACAACCUGGACAUAGCUUUACCUACAAAUUUCAGAUCACCAAACAAGAAGGAACCCUAUGGUGGCAUGCUCAUGUACAAUUUCUUCGUGCCACGGUCCAUGGAGCUCUUAUUAUUCGUCCUAGAUUAGGCAAUUCAUACCCAUUCGCUAAACCUUACAAAGAAAUUCCAAUUUUAAUAGGUGAAUGGUGGAACUCCAGCAUAAUUGAUGUCGAAAAUGCGGCAAUAGUCUCUGGCGGCGCUCCUACAGUUUCCGACGCUUACACGAUUAAUGGAUUGCCCGGAGAUCUCUACUCAUGUUCUCAAAAUCAGACAUAUGAACUUAGGGUGACAAAAGGAAAAACCUAUCUUCUCCGCAUAAUCAACGCUGCACUCAAUAACCAGCACUUCUUCAAGAUAGCCAAUCACAAUAUGACAGUUGUCGCGGUCGAUGCCACGUAUACAACACCGUAUGUCACCGACGUUGUUGCUAUUGCUCCAGGACAGACGGUGGAUGUCCUCCUGUGCACAGACCGCCCAAUUGGGUCUUACCACAUGGCGGCUUCCCCAUACGCCAGUGCCGUAGGAGCACCGUUCGAUAACACAACCACAAGAGGCAUUGUUGUCUACGAUGGUGACACGUCAUCGACUCCAACAAUGCCAGUCAUGCCUGCGUUCAACGACACACCAACAGCUCACAAGUUCCACAGCAAUUUGACGGGUCUUGUUGGUGGUCCCCACUGGGUCCCAGUACCACGCCACGUGGACGAGCAUAUGUUCGUGACAAUUGGUCUAGCACUCGAUCGUUGCCAAGCAAAUGCCACGUGUGCUGGGCCAGCUGGACAGAGAUUUUCCGCGAGCAUGAAUAACGUUUCCUUUGUGGCCCCCACCAAACUGUCUAUGCUGCAAGCAGUGUAUUACGGUGUGAACGGAAUCUACACCCCUGAUUUCCCUAACCAGCCUCCAAUCAGAUUUGACUACACAAAUGCAAGCGUGAAUUCGGAUUUAUCGCUAUUGUUUGCACCGAAAUCAACGAGUGUGAAGCCGUUGAAGUAUAAUUCGACCGUGGAGAUGGUGCUGCAGAACACGGCAAUUAUUGGUGUGGAAAAUCAUCCUAUGCACAUUCACGGUUUCAACUUCCACGUGUUGGCUCAAGGGUUUGGAAAUUAUAAGCCAACAAGGGAUUCGUUGAAAUUCAACCUUGUUAAUCCACAAAUACGCAACACUAUUGCUGUGCCAGUUGGAGGUUGGGCUGUCAUUAGAUUCACAGCAAAUAAUCCAGGUGCGUGGUUCAUGCAUUGUCACUUGGAUGUGCACUUGCCGUGGGGCCUAGGUACAGUUUUUAUCGUUGAGAAUGGAUCAACUCCCUCUUCCACGUUGCCACCUCCGCCGUCUGAUCUCCCUCAAUGUUAGAAAAAAAAAAAGAGAGGCAUUUUUACGUAAUUUUUUUAAUUUUUUAAUUCAUGGGUUGUGUUCUUUGUGUGUAAAAAUUCAUAUACGAGUGACAUUAUUUUAAUUCCGGUUUAAGUUUAAUCUCUGUCAUAUGAUUCAAAGGAUUGGCUCGUGGAAGCAAUACAAUUAUACAGGAUUCGAAA